AUGAAAGACGUGUGGAAGGAUGGCCUUUCAUUCCUGGCAGUCGAAGCUCUAUAUAUCAUAUCUCAGGUUGAUGUUUUGUGUGAUCUACUUUUGCAGGUUCACUCUUCAUCAUCACGAAACUCCAUAGUCUGUGAGCACACAUGUAACUUUUUCAGCAAGCUCUGGGAAUCUCAGACGGAUUUGUUUGUACGCCAGCCUGCAUUAUCUGGUCUGCAUUCUGUCGUGCAAAUCUUGGCUUUUGGUAUGGCUUUGGCGAAAGUUGAUCCGGAGAUGUAUGUUGAGAAACUGAAUAUUUUGCCUGGAAAGCUAAAAAAAGUUGCAAAAAAGUUACAAAACAGUGGUUUAAUACCUAAAGCUCACUUUUUCAGCAUACGAGAAGUUGUUGAUUUAUCACCAACGAAGAUACUAUGUAUGAUUGGUGACCUUUUGUGUCAGAAACCUGGCCCCGUUCUAGUCAUUUUGGACCAGCUUGUUUAUAUGUUUCCAGGUUUUAUUGUGGAUGAAUCAGCUCUAUCUAAAAUUAUUGAAAUCUUAAUGCGAGCAAUCCGUAUAUCUUCAUUGGAUCAUUCCGACCCAAGUAACACGACAAAAUCGUCUAAAACAUCCGAAGAACCUUCUGUUUUAGCCUUGGAUAUAUUUGUUAGAUUGGUUGGAACUUUGUCCACUUACGGCGCAAAAUUCACUGAUUUGCCUCGGAUACUACUCCAACUAUUUGAUGUGCUUCGUGCUUUCCCAACAACAUUAGCUCAUUCAGAAGCUCGUUUAAAUGCAUGGUGGCAUUUUAUUUGUUGCUUACCUGCAGAUCUACUUAGCGAAGGUUUUAGAAAGUUCUUAUCUCCUUUCCUGGCAAACCUUCUGGGACGUUAUCUUAGCAUCAGCGCUCCUCAAGGAGAUCCUCAACUUCAUCCAUACAGACUCAGUCAGGGAAGUGUAUAUGAAGGGAAUAUAAAAGCUUUGGAACUAAUUCAACAUGUAUACAGUUGUUUUUUCAGUGGAUCUUCAAUUACCUUCCGCUAUUUGAAUGUCCCACGUUUAUCUGUUACUAAUCAACUUUUGGUACAGAAUAGUUAUCCCAUACUUGUCUGUUUGCUAUACUGGAUACGUGCUGUUCUUAAAUAUCGUUGCAUAUCAACUCCAAGAAAACAGAGAAUACCUCCACAUUGUCUACCUUCUCAAAGUGUUGAUGAAAUUUGGUGUGGUUGUAUAAAUUAUUUACUGAAAGUAUCAAAAUCUGUCCAAGAGCUUCCAGCAUAUAAAAAGGUGACUCCAUUUCAAUCUCCAUCAAUCUCCCCACGUGAUUCCAAUUCGAAUUCAACACUUCUAACUGUUUGGCAACAUGUAAUGACUACAACUUGUGAACUAAUCCAACCACGUGACGUAUCAUUCACUGAUCCAGAAACAAUAGCAACUUGUCCAUACCCUUUGGAAAGCUUGAAUAUAAUUCAUAAUUUCACAAAGCUAUUAGAAGAGUUUAAAGUUUCAGACAAGGAAAAGGUGGACUUAGUAUUUUCUCUUUGUGAAAAAUCUGCACAACUAGGACACCUUUGGUUAAAUGAUAGUCGUUCAACCAGAAAGUUACAUGCUACAAAAGAUGAUUUUCACCGUUGGGCUACACAAACUAUUGGACUGAUUAAUUUGGAUCCACGUUUCAACGUGUUAAAUAAAUCAGCUAGUCUUUCACGCUUGACUGCAGAGAAUAGUUGCCUGACUUUGACUCGUGCCCUUUUAAAUGCCAUAUUACCAGAAUUUAUGAAUUUUAUGACUACUGAAACACCUUCACAAUCAAGCCUAUACGAUGAUUCAACUCAAUUAUCUGCUCUUAAAACCCCACAGGUUCACUUUUCUCCUGACACUUUACGGAUUUGGUCAGUGUUAGUCGAUCGAUUGAUUCAGUUUAUUGUCGUUGAACAUCAGGUGUCAGAAAAUCGGUCAACUACCAUCGAUCUUAGUAUAAUUGAAUCAGCUCUACUUAUGCCGUUUUGGUUAGCUGGAGCUACUCUUCCAAACACAUUCAGUGGUGAUAGAACAGUGGAUUCUGUUGUGUAUCUUUCAUACAAAGAUGAUUUGGCUGUAUCGAAACGUCAGUCUGAUUUACUUUUGGCAUUUCAUCAAGAAUGUUGCCUGUUAACAACAGUUCCUACGAAUACUUGGAUCAAUCAUUUAUCUGUCAAACUAUCUAGUCUGAUUUCAAGCUGUGAACCAAAGGUGUUUGAAAAUGUUAACAUACAUUUAAUUAGUCGUUUCCUGCGUUGUUUGGCACAAACCGCAGAGAUUUCAGAGGAAGGAAGCAAUCAGAAAGACGCUUAUUGUACAUUCGCUUCAAUGAAAACUGAUAAACAACCUCUUGGUCAGCUUACUGGAUUAGUGACUGCGCUUAAUUCAUUGUUAUUGCAUAUUCCAUGGCUUAAUCCACCGGCACAGAAUGAAGGGGAUAAUUCACCUCCACGUCGUUUAAGUUCUCAGGAACCGAUUACUCGAUGGUUGACAUCUCCGCCUAUAUUAUCCAUUCGCAGUCGGAUGUGUCAAUUGAAUGACGGAAAAUCUCCAAAUGAAUCUCAUACUGAUAGUCGACAUCAAAACAAUAAUAAUAGUAAUAAUAAUAAUAAUCAAGUAUCAUAUGGCCUAUUAGAUACCUUAGAAGCUAUUAUAUUCAUUCUUAGUAAUCACGCUCGUGACAGAGAUUCUGUACUUUGGAUAUUUUCUACUUUGGAACCAAGUUUAAAUCGAUUGGUUGCUUGUUGUGUGGAAGCUGAACAAGCUGUAAUCGAGGCAGGAACAGAUUUGGAUGAACCACUUGUGAUUACUCAACACAGACAACAGGCGAAACUAGCUUUGGAAGAGGUAUUUGUAUGUGCUUGGAAACACUUGAAGAUUGUUCCACCUAGUGUAUCUGUUAUCGAUCCCCUGUCUAUGCUACAGCCCAUAUCAUCUGAGAAGGAUUCAAAGGCCUUACCUAGUACUCCACUGUCGGCUUUAAAAAUAACUCGUUCAACUGCACUAAUUGAUCAGUAUCAAGCUAUUCUUAAGAUGUCAUUGAAUUUAUGCGGUUGCAAUGUGGAGUCAAACAAGAAUUCCCGUGACUCUAUACCGAUUCACUUAUCCACCACCUUUAUUACCUGGUUCAUUGGUUAUUGGAAUUAUUUGGUCAGUCAGUAUUGUGUCAAGCAAACUAAGAACGAUGCAUCAAAGUUGACUAAUAUUCGAAAUUUUAUGACCAAUUGGGAACCAGAAGUACGGAAAAUUGUUUUGCGAAUAUUCAAUCCUAAUAUGCAGCAUGUCGGUAAUGUGGAUUCCGUUCAAAAGAACACUGGUAAGCGUAAGUCUAUCCCUCAUAAAACCCCAAAAUCGGAACCAACUAAACGUCGUCCACGUCUGCUAAAAAGGACUGGAUCUCAUUCACCAGAAGAAGUUUCCGUAAAUUUAAAUAUGAAAAAAGAAAAAGACUUUUCAGUUGAUUCAGUAUUGAAUGCUUCAAGUUCUGGAAAAAAAUCGUUGAAGUCUAAAAAGAAAGUGGAACUGGAGAAGCCUUCGAAACCGGAAACAGGUUCAAGUGAAUCCCCUAGUGAUGCUAAUGAUUUAGAAAAUACUGAUGUACAGGUACUUUUACACAGUCCUUCUUCAAAACGACCCCUACGUGGUCGUCUUUCUCUUGUAAAAGAUGAAAAUCCAGUUCAAAGAAUUGUGACACCUCUACGACGAUCUUUGGGGAUUACAAGAAGUAUUACUCAGUCAGCUCCAUCAAACUUUGAAACGAGACGUGGUCGUAGCAAGAAAGGUGUUAAUCUUUUUCCUGCAUCUCCUAAACCUUCACCUGUCAGUGGUAUUAUUGCUGAGGCUUUUGGAAUUCCACCUGGUUCAAGCUUGAUGGAGCAUCACGAAUGGUCUCCGUCAAUGCCUUCUCCUGGUCCACUGAAAGGUCGUCCAUUGGUAAAACGUCGCUUGUUCGCUGGUCCACAGGAAACAUCAAUACACGAAGCUAAUGCUCAGUUGCUUACAUCACGAAAACGUCAUUUCUCUGAAUCAGAACAAAAUUCAGUCAUUUCACCGAAAGUUGAAGACUCCAAUGAUUUUGUUUUCAUACCGCCUCAAACAGAAAGUGCUAAAAAACGACGUCGUUGUUUAACUAUCCAUCAAAAAGAACGUUUCAAGGAACAAAAAAGUGAAUAUAUACCCCCGACAUACACCGAGUUGGAUAUUAGUCAACAGUCAUGGUCGUCUACGGGUGAUUCACAAUCUCAGUCAUUGCCGCCUGUACCUAGUCUUCAAUCUACUGAGAAUAAAAGUUGUUUACAAGUCUCUGAAACACCAGAAUUUAUGGACUCUGAAGAAGUGAAAUCAACUAGUACUACUACAAUCAGCACUAAAAAUGAUGAAGAUAUAAUAAAUAAUGUGGAAGAAGUUGACGUCGAUCUACCUUGUAACGAAGCAGGAAUGACACCUAUUGAAGUUGUUUUAUCUCCGUUAACCAAAGAACCUGUUUCUACUGAAGAGUCUGAUUCAAAAGAUGACUUGGAAAUUAUACAAGAUACAGAAGUAACUGAUACACAAUGUGAGGUGGAGAAAACAUUGGAGAAUGACAUCUCUACAGAAUUAAAUAAAUCCAACCUAUCACCAGUUGAAACUGUGUCACAUAAUGUAGUAGACGAUUCACCUAAACUCAAUAGUCAUGGCAAUGAUAAUAAUGAAAACGAUAUGUCAGCUGGUGAGAAAAAAGAAUUGUCUCCUUCACCUGUCGUAGCUAAUGACGAUGUGUCUUCAACGGCUCCUUCACCUGUCGUAGCUAAUGACGAUUUGUCUUCAACGGCUCCUUCAAAAUCGAUUUCUAAAGAUGAUGAUGAUAAUGAUGGUGAUAAUGUCAAGACAGUAUCCACAUCUUCUGUGUCUGUCCCAGCAAUAUUAACCUCACGUCCAAUUAUCAAUAAUGUAUCCAGUCCAUUAAUUCGAGGUUCAAGUCGAGCUCAAAAGAUGCUUGCAUUAGGUUUGCAGAAAGCUGCUGAACAAACUGCACGCCAGAGGUCAUCAUCUGGAGAUCAAAAUACUGGCAAUUCAAGUAGUAGUCGUGGUGUUUUAUCUGCGGACAAUAGUCCAGUGUCAACAGAACGAAGACCUAUGUCAAAUCUGUUGGCUUCUCCAACUUGUGUGUCUUUCAGUCCUUCGGGUACAGGUUCACCUUCUGGUAUAAUGAGGAAUUUAUGGUCAAAGAAAAAGUCUCAACGUGUUUCAUUCGCUGAAGAGCCUGUCGUUUAUACUAUUGGAUCAAAUAAUUCAUUUCAUCACGAUUCAGAUGACAACGACGCUGAUGACUAUCAGAGAUAUUCAAAUUUAAGUAGAAAAAAAGUUCUGUAUAAUCUUGAAGAGGAUGCCUCCGAGUUUAAUGUUUUAAGUGAUGAUAACAAUACUGCGUUAAAAGUGAAUCCACCACAAUCAUCAAGCGAAACAAAUCAAGUGAUGAAUGGAAUGACGGAAAAGGAGGAUGUGAAUCGAUCCUCCAUUGUUGUAACAUCAGAGAAGUCGCCUAGUUCAAAUUCUGUUUCUCAUUUUACAUUUGCAGAUAUGCCUGUAGAUUUGGAUGCUUCACAGAAUUCUUCCCAGUCUGUAUUAUCUGUAACUGUGAAAUCUGUGGAACAGGUGACUCCUCCUGUUCCAUCGUCAUAUAAUAAUAAUUCAGAAUCAAGUUCACAUCAUCGUCGUAAAUCAGCUUCACCUCAGAGACGCGAAUUCCCAAUUAGAAAAAAUUCUAUUGGUCCUAAGUCUCAAAAGUCGGCGCUUCCAAAAUAUAGACUGUUAUUCAUGGAACCUGUUAUUAUACCUGCACCCGUUUCGAAUAAUGUAAAAUCUAAGGCGGUGGAUACUGAGGAGGAACAAGAUAAUAUAUUGGCAGUCGACAGUGAACCUAUUGUGAUAGCAGAUUCUCAAACAGAUGAAAAUAACGCCAAGACAGUUGAUGGUGAUGGUGAUGCUAAUUGUUCUAAUGUUAUUGAACAGACUCAAUCAUAUACUGAUAAUGAUGAUGCCAAUGCUAAUGAUGAUGACGAAGAGUGUAUUUUAAUAGAAAGUAGUCAAGGUUCCAGUCAAGUAGAGAAUGGUGAAGAUCAGUCUGUCUGUUCAUCUAUUAGUCAAAUUGAGCAGUGUAGCUUUUCACCUAUUACUGUCGAGUCCAGCUCAGAAGUGAAUAUUGAAAAUAUGAAGGAUGAAUCAACUGUACAAACAGUUGAUUUAACGCAUGAUGAUACGGAAUAUAUUAAUGACAGUGAAGAUGUGACCACACCUAUCAUUAGCAAUGAAGACAAGAUUAAUAGUGAGGAUAAUGAUAUACAACAAAAUAUCUCAACAGGAUCUGAUAUCAAUGCCAACACCCAUGAUAAUGAUAAUAAUAAUAAUAAUAAAAUGAUAAUAACGACAUUGAUGAUAAUAAAGAGAAUCAAUGUGAACUAACACAGAAUGAUGUUGAAAAAGAUAUUUUAGAUAAAUUAUCACAGAUUGCUAGUAGCCUGCCUAUUUUACGUCCAGAGCAACGACAGUCUAUUCUCUUAGAAGCAUUGAGUACAUUUAAAUCGAUUAUGCCUUGAAAUGACAAAAAUUCCAUUUCUCUAUAGUAUUUGUUUUACAGAAAUGUAUUCUAAAAACUUUCUUUUAAAUGUAACUGUUUUAAUUAUUAUUAUUACUAAUCGAUUAAUGAUUUAUUACUACUGAUACAUUGCAUUACUUGAUAUCAUAUUUUUAAAGUUAAGAUACAGUGUGUAAACAAUUUACGCGAUCUUACACACAAAAAUCAUCUUUAUUUCUUUCCUUCACAGUGUAUUCCAUUGAUUUCUUAUUACUAUGGAAAAAUGAUUUUCAAAUUCUCUUUUCCACAUCAUAUUUAUGUGCUUAUUUAUAUUUACAAAUCACUAUAUAUAUAUGUGCCUAUAUGCAUGUGUUAUUCACAUAGAGAUUUGUAUCUCUUAAAGAUCUAUAUAUUUUGAUUAAAAGUGUAUAUUAAUAAAU